AUGGAUUACACGACAACCCUUGCAGCCGCAGGCGGGGUUGAAGCGCUCAAAGAAGUUCUCAUCGAUGCUCUCCUGAAGGCAAUCCCAGGCUUGCGUGAUAGAAGCCGCAUCGAGAUCAGCAGCAUUGUGGAGGGCAGUAUCAACGUGGUGCUGAGGAUUCAUCCCCCAUCGCCAGAUGCAGCUUCCAACAAUCCAGAAGGAGGAGCAGACGCUCCCCGCCAGCUCACCGCUGCGGAAGUCCUUCUAGCCCUUCAAGAGCAGCUUGCAGAGCCACUCUCACCCCUUAGGACGGGUGCCUUAGGCGAAUAUGCCGCCUAUGCUACUCUAGAGCGGUAUGUCUUUCUCGACAAAUCGACACGCAACGAAAGCUUUGACUUGGUCGGAUUCAUAACGCGCUGGCUUCCUGCAUGGCUCCGAGAAGCGGUUCCAAGAGAUGUGCUCGCAGCAGUAGAAGUCCUCCUCCUGCUAAGUUGCCUUACCAGCGUGGCAAUAGGAAUUCGACGCGCUACUUUGGUUUGCAAAAGUGGUACUGCGCAAUGGUUAGGUGUUGCGCGGACUGCCGUAUUCCUGCCUUGUGAUUGCAGGUGCUCGGAACGAAGAUCAUCGGCUAUCCCACGUGACCAAAGAUCCUGUCUGUAUCCUGCACCAACAUGA